AUGAAGCCCAGUCAAACUUAUGUCGAAUGGGUGGCUGAGUUGCGUGGUGCUGCGAGAGAGUGCAUGUUCGAAUGCGCUGCAGAUGGGUGCCGUAAAUCUUUUCUCGAUAGUAACAUAAGGGAUAUGAUUAUCAUGCAUACACCACAUGAUAAAGUGCGAAGUGCAGCUCUCCAAAAGCCUAACCCUACAUUAGAUGAAGUAUUGCAAAUAACUACAGUGUACGAGUCGACAAUCAAAACGUGCUUGGAGAUUAAGGGUGAGGGGGACGCACCAGCCCCUAAGGCAAAACCGAAAUUCUUUAAGCCUUACAAUUUACCAUUUGCUCUUCACGCUGAUGUGAAAGCUGAAAUUGAGCGACUUGUUAAAGCUGAAGUGUUGAAACCUAUACGCGUGAGUGAAUGGGCAGCGCCAAUCGUAGUUGUGCGAAAGCCAAACGGUAAAUUUCGAAUUUGUGCUGAUUUCAAAGUCGCUUUGAAUUCCCAAAUCCAAAACGACCGGUACCCGAUACCCAGAAUAGAAGAGUUGUUCCAUAAGCUACAAGGUGGUAAAUAUUUCACAAAAAUCGAUCUAAGCGACGCAUAUUUGCAACGCAUGCCUUUCGGAAUGGCUAGUGCGCCUGGAAUUUUCCAACGUUUUAUGGAAGAAGUCAUCGCUGGUGUUCCGCAUUGUGCCGUUUAUUUGGAUGACAUUAUCGUCACCGGCCAAGAUAACGACGAGCACAUCCGUAAUGUAGAAGAAAUUUUUAAGCGUUUAAGCUUUCACGGUCUUACAUGCAGGGUGGAAAAGUGUAAUUUUGCGGAAAAGCAAGUCGAGUACGUCGGGCAUAUCAUCAACGCUACAGGAAUAAUGCCAUCAGAAAAGCGAGUCGACGCAAUUAAACGUAUGCCUGCGCCGAAAAAUAUCAAAGAAAUCGAAUCUUUUAUCGGCAAGCGCCUUUAA